AUUCAUUAUUCAUGUCAUUGCAGUUGCCCUGUUAUGAUACAGUCCUAUUUGGAGUGGGCUAUACCUGAUUUGCUCAGCGCGUCCGUCAAAGCAGUGCGUGGCCCUGCGUCGGCUGGCUGUGCGCGCUCAUAGGUCGGACCAAGAAGAAUCGGAGGGGGAGCAAGUAAAGUGCGCGCCUACGAGACUGCGCGUCGCAAGGAGGGGUAGAGGUUCAGCUGAAAAAAAAAAAGAAAAAAAAGGAAGGCGAAAAAAAAAAUACACCGUGACAAUGGCAACAUCAAGCAUCUCGUAAAAGGUAGAUAACAGGCGAGGGGACGCCACGAAUCGGGAGUUUGAGAGGCGACGGCCCCUGUUGGUCCCGAGAAAAGCGGCGAUAUUAGGACAUGCUGGCUGUCCUAUAGCGCGUUUCCUGGAAUACGAAUUCUUCCGUAAUUGAAAAUGGAGCGGCGGGGGAGAGGAGAGUCGCGCUGUCUCCAUCAUUGAGAGGCGCGUCCACCUGCUAUUACUGGAGGCCCGGGCUGCUGCUGCUGCUGCUGGUGGUGGUGCUGGUGGUGGCGGCAGGGGAGGGAGGGUUGGGGGACAUGCAGGGGAAGUGUUUGCCUUUCGGGGGAAAGACGCAUCUCUGAUACUGUCCAGGGCAGCUGAGAAGGAUCCCAUUGCGACGGGGGAAAAAACGCAGUUUGGGCGCACACGCUCUGGAGGUGGGACAGUCAAAAUGAUGCGUGGGUGGUGCAGCGUUGAGCCGUAUUGAUGGAUGUGUUAACAGACAGCAGUCUCACAUUGAUUGUGAAGACUUCAGAACCCGAGAAUCCAAAUGCAGUGGAGAGCACAGGUAACUAUUCAGGGCUAUGUGAGCAGAGUAGCGAUCUGAGUCUGUGCGGGCUCGUCGAUGCUGCUCUCCCUCCGUCCUCGCCUCCACCUGCCGCAGAGACUUCACAACAGGCCUGCCCAGCGCAUCAGAGGACCACUCCUACAUCGCCAGCCCUCCCCUUGCCCCUUGGGACUGAGCCCACUCUGGGCCUAACAGUAGCCCCUUCCUCCAAUGACCCUCCAACUGUGGUUCCCCAUCUUCACCACACGCCCGCUCCCUCAUCACUCUCUAGCCCAGCUGUAAGCUCCUGGGCGCCGACAGGAGACAACCAGAAAACGUCCCUUCCAUUACCCGUUGCCCUCCCUCUAUCAGCGACAAUGAUGGAGCCUGGCACUGUGUCUGGCCUGACGGAGGAGUGUCUUCUUCAGCCUAACCGAACUUGCCUCGGCUGCUUCAUUGAAACGCGUGAUGCCACUGACCCUAACGCCAUCCAGAACACACCCCACGACCCCACCGCCAACCCUGACACGGAGACUGGUCUAAGUGUAAGGAUAGGGGAUGUGAGCCGAGAGGACUUCUCUGACAUCAACAACAUCAGCAUUCAGUGCCUGAGCCACGCGGGGGAGGCAGUGAGUCACUAUGGAGAACAGCUCCUCUCUGACCAGCUACUUAGCUUUCCUCUGCCAAAAGCCCCAGGUGAGGGCAAGAGAGGGGAUGCAAACAAAACAACAGGGGACUGCGAUGACCCCGAAGAUGAUGCAACAGCUAAGAAUUUGUAUGAAGGACUGUUACUAGACAAGGUUAGUGGAGAAGAAGUUCUCCUGGCUAACGCCAGCCAGGACUGGGGCUACUUUGAGUCUUUUAUCAGUGAGAGUAAGAUGGAACUGCUGGACCUUUGUUCUAAGAAUGAACUGUCGGUCAACCUCUUCUCAGAGGAAGAUGUCGACAAUCUGUUUGACGAUGAAGACGACGAUUCAACAUUAAGCAGUGAUGUCUGUUCGCUCAAGAUUCGUUAUGAGUCUUUCCAGGACAACAUGAGGGAAAAAACAAAUGUUCUGCAGGAAGAGACGCAGUUCAACUUCUUCCCCAGUGUCCUGGCCAACUGUGCCAAGAAAGAGGAAGGAGCAGCAGUCUUGAGGAGAACCGCGGAGGAUCUUCAGCCCAAAACUGAUGAACUGAUCCUGGAGGGAGCACAGGAAGGAAAAGCCGGGGACUGCAGUGCUAGGAGUCCACUUGAUGGUUCCCACGGCUCGCCUAUGUCCACUCCCAAAGUCAGCUACCUAAUGGACUUCAAUUCCACAGAGGAGUCAGGGGAGUUCAGUGAUGACAGCUCCUGCACUGGCUCGUCCUCAGACACCCUGCAGGAGGGAAAGUUUAAAAAGAGCCACUCAAAGAGAUUCCUCAGUCCCUCGAACCCUCUCAACUAUGGCUUGCGUUCCAAAAGAAAGGUUCGAUACAGUGAUGAUUACUUAUAUGAUGUCGACUCGCUUGAGAGUGAGAAAAAUGCGGAGAAAAAGGAGAAAGCCCCUGCUGGUCAGAAAGAAGAGGAGGAUGUAGACUGGUGCCCCAAAAAACGCCGGAAAUCCUGCCGCAAAGAGCCACCUGUGGUCAUCAAGUACAUCAUCAUCAACAGGUUUAAAGGAGAGAGACUCAUGUCAGUGAAACUGGGCAAGCUGGACCCUGUGGAUGCGACUGUGAGCUUAAAUGCCGACACAGUAAGCAAAUAUGAGACACUGGCUCCUCUGAAGCAUUUCUGGCAGGAGAAGCAAAGAGAGAGACAGGAACAGCUUAAGCUGGCUGCCAGAGAUAAACAACAACGCGGUUUUCAUCUAAACGGACGCCACCAUCGCCCUUUUAAUUCUAGUCAUCCCAAAAGGAAAUACAAGAUUGCAAACCGGCUUAAGGUUCAGAGGAUUCACACUGUGGAGCAAUCAGCAACAGCACAGUCCUCCCCUCUCUCUGAUCGGGGCCAGGGAGGUGUCACUAAAGAAGAGGCCACCCCCACGGUAGGAGGAAUAAUAGCAGCCACAGGCCUCCCAGUCACAUUAGACACAAACUCCAUCACACACACAGUCACAGCCAAGAGCCGCUCCCAGGAGAGGGAAGAGAGGGAGGGGAGGAGAUUGGGAGGAAAUAAAACAGUCAGGAUAAGGAAAUUCAAAAGCGAAGCCAGGCUGAGGAGCAAGAAAAUAAAAGAGGCAGAAGGAGAGGAGGGGAGGAGUGUGACGAAUGAAACGGAUGCCUGUGUCACUGCGGCACAGAUUGAGGACCCCACUGCUGGGUUAGAUGAGGCAGGCAUUAGCUCAACUACAGUCAAACCACAUUUCUCUGACAAUACCGCCACCGCUCAAGCCGCUGAGGAGAAAUUCCCCUUUGUUUCAUCCACCUGCUCUCCUGACAAAGCUGCCUCCUCCUCAGAGGAGGUGGAGACGGGUGUCCCUGUCAUCCCGGGGGGCUACCUGCAGACCCUGUUAGAUGCCACAGACUCCUCAGGUGGAGCAGCUAUCUCUUAUUUCCCCCAGCAGUCCUCUAGGCAGCAGUAUUCUCUUGGGCUGUCCCUGGAGGAGAAACAGUUUUCUUCUCUGCAGCUCGCUCAGAGCUGCGUCCUCUCGCCUCCCUCUGAGUCCGAGCUCCAGCAGUCUCCUCAGAACUGCCCCAGCUUCCCCCAGAUGUGGCACCCACAGCUCUGUGCAAGUCACAGCCAGAGCUUUGGGUCUGAGACACCCGAGACUCCCAUCUUACCCAACAACUUCCCAGCUGCUGUUCCCCUGAAUGACAGUCUGCCAGUGUCUAACUACAGCCAGCUGAGCCCUGAGGCUGACAGGCUGCUUUAUGAGAAGAGCUACCUGAGUGAGUCUGGGCUGCAGCCCGGGGCAGAUCUGCAAGUGUGUCAGUCUGCCUGCAUGGAGGGCCAGGUGCAAUACCAGCGAGGGUCCCUGUGCACAGACAAUGGCAGGCUCAUCAGCUAUGACUCAGUGGGCUCUCUGUCAGCCUCCUCCAGCAAUUACAGCUCACUCAGCCUCAAGUCUUGUGAGCGAGAGGGUGAGGAGGAGGGCCGAGACAGCUUCUUAGCUCAUUGCAGUCCUAAAGUGGUGAUUCAGCAGAGUGUGGAUGCCCUUACCCCACUCAGGGAGUCCUCAGACCUGCUGGAUAUCUCUAACUUCACCCCUGACAAGUUUAGGCACUCAUCACUCUCAGAGCUUUCCCCUCCUGAGACCCCAAAUCUGUCCCCUCAGGUUGUUGGGCGUGAGAUGAAGAUGGCAGGAAAUGUUGGAGAAUACCAGGAUGUGAAUGAUAUAAGCAUGGACUGCAAUAGGGAGGUAAAGUGGAACUGUGAUGUCAUACAGCAACAGGAGCGCACGGCAAGCGCAUACCCGGUGGAGGACAACCAGUUUCCGCUACACAACUUCAACAAUCAAGAUGUCUUAGGUUUAGAUAAAAAAGAGAUGGCAGCUACAGAAUUUGAUGAACAGAAUGGAGCGAAAAGCAUAAAGUCAAAAAGGAAAGGCAGCUGCAAACAAACAGCAGGAGGACAGAGCCCGAAAAAGGUCCGGGCUCCAAGAGCCCCCAAGUCAGAGAAGGUCAAGACUCCCAAACAGAACUCUCGCUCCACCAAAAAGAUAAAGGCCAUGUUAGAGGGUAAAGCAGCAAAGAACCAGGCAGGUGGCACAGGCCUGACUGACAGUAGCAGCACUGGGGACUGGCCUGGCACCGGAUGGUCGGAGAGUAACAGCCUGGUGGGGGAUGACCAGAGAGAAUUUGAGGAGCCCUCCAAUAUUCUGUCCAACAUUGUCUCUGGCAUGGCUGAGGUCCAAAGGUUCAUGAUGGCCUCCAUUGAGCCACUGUGGAACCCCAUGUCGGAGGCCUGCAUGCCCUCUGAGGCCAACAGUCUCAACCUAAAGACCCUCAAAAUCUUGGCAGGUACUGAGGCUGACCUGAAGAAAAAAGGAGCUGUGCUCACAGGGGCUGGGAGAGGCAGAAAGGCAGGGGGGAAAGGAGGCAAAAACCAGGCCAAAUUCAACCCCUCUCAUUCUUUAUUCCCUCAACUUGCUCUAGGCUGUAACAUGUUUGAUAAACCCAACUUUAUUAACCCCGGGCCUGCUCACAAAAAGCUGUACCGCCACAAGACGAGUGCAAAGUUCCCUCGGAUUGAGACACUGAAGGGGAAGCGAGCUGAGAGAGACCCAAAUAAGGACAUAGCACUGAUGACCUCUUUUGAGAAACUGAGAAUAUGGAUGUCCUGUUGUUGCUGUCCGUCAUACACUGCCUGGCUCAUUUCAAGAGGGAAACCUUCAAUAAAUGAGCCCAAUUUAAGCCCGAGACAUCUUAAACACGAGAUGGGACCAUUUUGUAUUGAUGACAUAUCAGACAUUGUCUUUCCCCCCCCCCUCAAAGUUGGAAUGGCUACCCCUUUCCUUUUGUCAAGUUUUUGUUUUCUUCUUCUGGAGUUUAGAGGAACUGGUUAUCUAAAUUAACAUUUUUACGCCUUGCAAAUUCAUAAAAGCUCCACCCUCAGAGUAUUUUUGUCAAUGUUGUUGUACAGGGACAUGCAAUAUUUGCAAAAAAGAAAAAAGAAAAAAAAAGAAAAAAAGAUAAUUAUAAUCUUAAAAUCAUUGUGCCAAAAGUAACAAUGCUGUGUAAAUGACCUCUUAUAUAUGUGUGAAUAUUGGCUGUUCCUCUUUUCUAUCCAUUGGGAUAUUGGCUGCUCGGGUUGGAGACUCCUUACAGAGACUUGCAACUACAGGAAUUCUUUAUUUGAGACUUUUCUCUCUCUUCUCUGAUGAAAGGCACCAACAGCUGGCAGUGGUACACCACCACUCACUAAACCAAAUCAGAAAGACUCUGAAUUCUCCUCGUUUCCCCCCACUUUGUUUGCCAAAUUCAAUUUACCUCAACAUCGCCUGGCACUGAGAAGCAACAAAAGAGAGGCAAAGGGGAGAUCUGCUCUGAAGGCUACUGUAGAGGAAGGAGAUGAAGAAAAAAAAAGAGAGAGAGAGCUGUUCAAAUGAGCUUUCUCUGGACCAAGAAGAGUGUAGCGCAGAUGUCUGAGGGUAAGCAAGAAGAUGAUUUGUCAUUUGGGGCUGUGCCUCACUGAAAAGCUGUUUGUACUGGAAAUUUAAGGCAGUAGAGAUUCUGAUGCGCACAUCAGUCGCGAAUGGACAUUAUUGCAGUCAAUGUGAACGUGAAAGCAGUUUUCAGUACAAAUAGAAACAGUAAUCUUGUAAAUGAAGGAAAGCAUGUCUUUGCAUUCACUCCAUGUGGAAUUUUUACUUCUAUCUUACCUGAAAAAAAAAUGGUAAUUUAAACAGUAACUUUUCUUGACAUUCUCAUGUAAUUUAUUUCAUGGCGCUGCCGUAUUUCACUCUGAUUAUUUAGCUCAUAUUUCCCAUAAUGUCCAUAAUGUUUCUUUCUUUUCAUUCUACUUCAUUUUACAUCAUUGACUGUCCUGAUUCAUGGGUCAGAAUUCUGGCAGAAAAUAUUGUGACCAGAAAUUUAAGGCUAAAUACAGGCACAAAUUGAAAAGAAAUAUAUAUUAUAUACAUUGCGUCUAUCUGAUCCAGCGUAUUCACAGGCCAUUGCUUUUAAUUACUUUGGGCUCAUUCACUACCUCACAGCUCUGAAAUAAACGUCUAGAAAGCCACUUAAAAAUGAACCAUACAAUCACGCUUAAUCAGUAAUAAAAUCGCUUUGAUUUUAUACACUAAACGAAUUUCAGGAGAAAUGCAGAUCCAAUCAAACACUUAGUAUAUUGUGUAGAAAUAUGUGAAAUUAGUUUCACUGUCUUUUAAACAAUGUUAUCAUUUUUAGCAGUAAUUACAUGAGACUGCAUGGAGAUGUACGGACAAACUGAUUGACUGAUUGAUUGAUUUUAAAACAGGCCUUGUCACAGUGGAUAUGGCUGUUCUGACACACAGGUUAUAUUAAUUGAUUGCUUGCAUACGGCAAGAAUCGUAAUCAAUCUUUCUGUGUCUCUUUUUUCUCUCUCUCUCCUCUCUGCCAUGAUCCUUUGUUUCUUUUCUAUAGUGUAUCAGGGUUAGGACCAAGACAAGCUGCUGAUGGGAAGCUCCACAUGGGCUGCAAGCCCAUUUAGUCUGCCUUCUCUCAUUUCUGCCUAUUGUCAAAUUGAAUGUACUUCUCUGAGUUCAUAAAUUUUCUUUCUUUCUUUUUUUUCGGUUUGUUUUUAAAAUGUGCCACUGUUGAGCUGCCUCAUGUUAAUGGUGCUAAGAAAGCUGACAAUUGUUUUCUUUUCUUUACCGUUCAGUUUCGAUUUCUUUAUUUUCAUUUUUUGGUAUGUUUCAUUUCACCAGUGUUAAUGAAAAAAAAAGAAAUGCAAAAUAGAUUAGGUUCCUAACCCUCUUUAUGAAUGUAUAUUAUAAUGUUAUGUUUGAUGUAUUCACUUCAUGAUUCUUUGACACUGAUUGGAAUUACUUUUGCUCUUUUCAUUAAAAGAUUACCGAGCUUUAUAUAUACUGUCUAGAGUUGUUACCAGAAGGAAUCUUAAUGAACUCUUGACACUACAAAAUCUUGUAUAUUUUUUGUGUGCCAAUUUGUAACAUAUUUUGUAAGUGUAUAUUUUUCUUAGAAAGUGCUGUGAAGUAUUCGUGUGUGUGAGUAACCUUUUAUGCGCCUCUAUGGGCAGUGGAAAGGAUAUACAAUGACAAGUUUCUGGUUUUAAAAACCAAAAUAUGAAAGUAUCAACAGAAAACUAGAAAUAUUUACAUUUUGUUGGGAGUUUUGUAAUAAGACCAUGAUCUUGUUGUGAGAGUGUUGUGUUACUGUGCAAAACACAAAUAAGCAAAGAAAAAAAAUGAAAACUUGGAAAAAAAUAUAAUUUGUGAACAAUUUGCUGUUUUAUAGAUUUUCAUGUAAAUUAUUUGAGUAUUAUUUUGUUUUUUUUGUUUUUGUUGUAACUGUUGCAAAGGUUUUAAAUAUUUGUGAUCAAGCCUGUAUGGUGAUAAUGUAAUAUUGGUAACUUGCUGAGUUUUGUAAUAAUGUUUAUGGAGUAAAUAUACAAAUUAAAAUAAGAUUUUGAAUGCUGCUUUCUGAA